AUGAGCGCUUGCUAUGAGCUGCCCCACCACCGCACCCAUGGUGCAGGGGCCAGGGAGGAGAGGAAGGAGGAGUGGAGGGAGGAGAGGAGGGAGGUGAGGGAGGAGAGGAGGGAGGUGAGGGAGGAGAGGAGGGAGGUGAGGGAGGAGAGGAGGGAGGUGAGGGAGGUAGGUGGUGUAGGGUACAAUGGGGCAGGGUGGGAGGGGCCAGUGGAACAGCAGGGCAGUGGGGCGGGGGCCAUGGUGGGGGAUGUGGGGGGCGGGAGGAGGAACAGGCUGGUGGCGGGAGGCAGUCUGGCGUGCCCCACUUUGCUAAAAGGGGCGUCGCUUGGCGCUGCGCCUGCUGGUGGGGGCAUGGACGGCGUGCCCGGCACGGAGCAGUCCUCGGACGGGCGUGAGGUGUCCGAGCGGCGUGCCCGGCGAAUGCACAAGAGCGCGUCGGAGGCCAACGUUAGGGUAGCCGGGUUGCGGGGCGGGUGCGCGUUGGCGGGGUCCAUGGGGAUGUUGACGGGCGCGGGCAGCGGCAAGUGGGUGAACGGCGGGUCCAUGGGGGCGAUGGAGGCGCAGCUGCGCGCGGAGCAGGAGGAGCUGGCGUACCUGCGCAUGGAGGCGGAGCGCAUCGAGCGCAGCGGCGUCAUCGACAUCGUCAACCACGACGGCGGCGGCGGCGGCGGCGUCGGCGGCGGCGGAGGCGGCGGCGGAGGCGGCGGCGCCUUCCCCAAACACCUGAGCUGGAACUACCGCGGGCUCGACAUCACCCCCGAGGGCAGCAGCCGCGCGCAGGCAGGCGCAGACAGGGAUCGGGGGGGAGGGGCGGAGUCGGUGCUGGCGUCGUGGGCGCAGGAGAGGCGCGAGUUGGAGGGGCAGGUGGGCGCAGUGAAGGCGGAGCUGAAGCGCAAGGAGAGAGCGCUCAAGGCGGCGGGCAAGGGCAAGGCAGCGGCAGGCAGGGAGGUGGAUACGGUGUGGGGGCAGGUGAGCGCGGUGGAGGCGCAGCUGCACGACGUGCAGGGCGACAAGUCCGCCCUCGAGAAGGAGAUCCAGGGGCUGCGCGCGCUGCUGCACGUGUCGCGUGCGCGCGACUCAGGGGAGCCAGCGGGCGCGCGGGGCGCGGACACGGAGAUGGCGGGCAUGCUGAAGAUGGUGGGCGACUUCUCCCGGCGACUCGCCCUCGCUGACGACGCCGUGCGACGCGCCGAGGCCAAAAACGUUCAGCUGUCAGAGCGGUUGAAGGCGAGCGAGGCGGAACUGCGUGGAACAAGGGAGGCGCUGCGCACGGCACAGGAGGAGCGCGACGCACUGGCGGCGGAGAUGAAGCAGGCGCUGGACACGUGGGCGUGGACCGGCUGUGGACACCCCGCCCCUGCUCCGGCUCCUGCUGCUGCUGCUGCCACCCCUGGCAGAGGGGGCAGCAGUGGCAGCGGUGGCAUGGGUGUGGGUGCUUCAAGCACGUCUGCAUGGGAGGGGUCGGCAUGGGUUGAGCACACGGGGCAAGGCAUGGCGCGGAAUGGCAUCCCGGGUGGUGACGAUGGCAGGGAUGGCAUGCAGGAGUGGCUGCAGCGCGUGCGGGAUAUUGCUGGUGCGAGCCAGUGGGGACGGGGUGGGUACAGUGCUGGUGGUGCCGUGAGCCGGCCACCCCGGGACCCCAAGGCGCGACCAGUGCAGUUUGAUGCCCUCGCGUGCAGCCCGUCCCCGCCUUCACUUGCUGCAGCCCCCCUCCUGUGA